GCUAAGCAACCCGCCAUAUUGGGAGUAUACAAACAAGGGUCCCACUCGGAAAGUGACAGAAGUGUCAAGAUGGGAGUGGAUUAUUACAGUAUUCUCGGGCUGACGCGAAGUGCAAGCGACGGUGAUAUAAAGAAACAUUUCCGGAAAUUAUCGCUGAAAUAUCAUCCAGAAAAGAAUACUAAUGACCAGAAUGCAACAGACAAGUUCAAGCAAGUUGCGGAGGCGUAUGAUGUGCUCUCGGAUCCUCGCAAAAGAGCUACGUAUGAUCAGUUCGGUGAGGAGGGACUGAAGAACGGCGUUCCGUCCGGCAGUGGGGAGGCCGGAGCGUGGACCCAGGGCUACACCUUCCAUGGCAAUUCUGAAAAAGUCUUCCGAGACUUCUUUGGGGGAGACAACCCAUUCCAAGAAUUCUACGAUCGUGUUGAUGGAGACCUCAGCAUGGGCUUUGGAGGCCUCCAAGGUCGAGGUCGCAAGAAGCAAGAUCCACCAAUCGAGCGCGACCUGUACCUAUCACUCGAGGAGGUGUUCCAUGGCUGCACGAAGAAGAUGAAAAUAUCUCGGAGGGUGAUGAACGAAGAUGGCCACACCUCCAGCAUCAGAGACAAAAUCCUCACCAUCACCGUGAAGCGGGGAUGGAAGCCGGGUACCAGAAUCACCUUCCCCCAGGAGGGGGACCAAGGACCCAACAAUGUGCCAGCCGAUAUAGUUUUCAUCGUGAAAGACAAGCCCCAUCCUCGUUUCCGUCGUGAGGGUAUCAACCUGAUCCACACAGCUAAAGUGCCUCUGGGGAAAGCCCUGACUGGCUGUUCCGUGGAGAUCCACACCCUGGAUGAGAGAAUCCUCCACAUUCCUAUCAAUGACAUUGUCAAACCGGGCUACAAAAAAGUAGUUCCAGACGAGGGCAUGCCCAUCUCAACAGACCCAUCAGAGCGUGGGGAUCUCAUCAUAGACUUUGACAUAGUGUUUCCCCAGUCUCUCACACCCGACAAGAAGGAUCUCGUCAAGGCUGCGCUCUUACACUAAACAUGUCACUUUCAUGGGUGGGAAAGAGAUUUAUUAAAGAAAUACAUUAAUUUUGGGUCAUUUACGUCAAAUACGAAGUCAUCUACUAAACAUGUAAAUGCGGUUUCAACUAAGUUAUACAAACAAUACCAUUUCCUGUUUUGGAUGUGCUGUGUCAAAGUGAUGGAAGCAACAUGUCUUGAACAACUUUCCAAAACCUUCUCAGUAUACAUGUUCCUGUUUGAUAUGUAGAUUUAUUUUUACUGUACAUACUCCAACAUUUGUAAAUAAAAACCUUGAGGUACCUAUCUA